GCGGAUAUAAAACCUCCGCUGCGGGCUGAUGCAAUACUGGAAGAUACUGAAUGAAGCGUCGGUGACGGAAAACCAGAUAAAGAAAGCUGCUCACGCCGCACAGAAAAAAAAACACGUUUUCUGCCUAAUCUCUGAAUCUUAUUCUAGUCAAUAGGUAAACUUGAGUAUGCCAGUCGUCAGAGCCCUUAGUAAGGUGGCAAAGCAGGCCCUGCUGGCCCCUGCGUGUGGAUGCCAGCCUGUGACGGUGGCGAUACGCAACAUCAGCUUCUCCCCGCGUCAGGUCACCUCUGGAUCUGAUGCCAGCUUUCAUUCUGUGUCCUUCUCUGAGACCGACCACCCCAAAGUUCUCAUCACAGGUGGCCUCGGGCAACUAGGGGUUGGGCUUGCGAAACUGUUAAGGAAGCGGUUUGGAAAAAACAAUGUAAUCCUUUCAGACAUCAGGAAGCCACCAAGCAACGUCUUUCACAGCGGCCCCUUUAUCUACUCUGACAUUCUGGACUACAAGAACUUGCGAGAGAUUGUAGUAAAUAACAGGAUCACCUGGUUGGUGCAUUACAGCGCUCUUCUGAGUGCUGUUGGGGAAGCUAAUGUCCCACUGGCACGAGCAGUCAACAUCACAGGACUGCACAACAUCCUAGACAUUGCAGCAGAACACGGGCUUCGGCUCUUUGUGCCCAGUACAAUUGGUGCCUUCGGACCAACCUCACCUCGAAACCCUACGCCUGACCUCUGUGUGCAGAGACCACGUACUAUAUAUGGCGUCUCUAAAGUCCACGCAGAGCUCAUGGGGGAGUACUACCACCACCGAUACGGCCUUGACUUCCGCUGUCUGCGAUACCCUGGCAUUAUCUCCGCAGACUCGCAGCCUGGCGGUGGCACGACAGACUACGCCGUGCAGAUUUUCCACGAUGCCGUCAAGACCGGCAAGUUUGAGUGCAACUUGAAACCGGAUACACGGUUGCCCAUGAUGUACAUCGAUGACUGUUUGCGGGCCACGCUGGAGGUGAUGGAGGCACCGGCGGAAACGCUCAGUAUGCGCACCUACAACAUCAAUGCCAUGAGCUUUACUCCAGAGGAACUGGCAAACGAGGUCCAGAAACAGCUGCCUGAUCUUCAGGUCACAUAUGAGAUUGACUCCAUACGACAGGGUAUAGCUGACAGUUGGCCCAUGAACUUUGACGACAGCAACGCACGCAAUGACUGGGGCUGGAAGCACGACUACGAUCUGCCAGAGUUGGUCCAGACGAUGCUCACCUUCAUCGGCUCAGACGCCCGCAUCGCCCAGGCCAACUGAGUCCGCUCAUGAACACUGCUGUUUUGUGUAUAUUUCAUAAAGAUUUAUAGUGACGCAGAAGAGAGAUACGUGGUCUGUACAUAGUCAUAUUCCUUUUCUCUUUUGUGUCAUCUGUAUAUUCCUUUUGACUAGCACAGACUUUAUGUAUAAUUGCAGAUUGUACAAAAAGGUUGGGUCUCUUCGAGUCACGGUGGAAAACCAUGACUUGUUGCGUAUUAUGAAAGGAAUGGGAUUAAACCUGACAUGAUCCUCUUGUGCUUUCUAUGUAGUGAAAAAGGAUCAUUAUGUCUCCGGUAAAAGUAAACCAAACAAACAUGAAAGUCCAAAAAUGAACAUGGGAGAUCUUAAAUGUAGCUUCCCGAGUUAUACUAUCUUUCAGAGUUUCUUUUUUUUGAGAAAUAAUUUUACUGUACCUUUUUAUAGAAGAACAUAAUAUAUGAGGGAAUAGGCUGCUGGCCAAGUUCAGACUAGUAGGAUUGAAAGACAGGAGCUUCAACCCACUCCAAAAUAAACAAAGAUUCUGGUUUAAACAGGGUGGGACUCAAAUGUAGGUCCUCGGGGAAAGUGAGGGUCGUGAUGAGUGAUGAUGACCAUACCAUAUCCUUUUCGUUUGCUCUUCCUCUCUUGCGCAUCUAUUUCUAUCUAUUUAUUCAGAUUGCUCACAAACGAAAUGCGAGAUUUGUUCUCGUUUCACAUGUUUGCUGUACACUUUAAUAAGGUCACUUUUUUUUAAAAAAAUGCAUUACGUUUUUAAAUGACCCUUAAACAUUUUCCCACUGGGAAUAUAUUAUCCCGUUUGAAGGGGAGAGUGGGAAACAAAUUUAAAUUAUUUUUAGUUAAGCUUUGCAUCCACAUCUUUUGUUCUUUGGAUCACAAAACUUGUGCCAAUAAAGCUUUUUUUAUCUUUAA